CAGUACUCAGCUGCACAUCAGGAAGGGAACAUUCAAGUUCAUCAGAGUCAAACUCUUCAAGGAAAAAUAUUCCAGCUGAUAUCAAAGAUGCAGUGGAGUGUGAUUCUGCUCUUUCUGAUGGGUCAGAGUUGUUUCAUCAACUGUCAGCUCUAUGAGUAUCUCUACAUUAAUGAGGAAAAGAACUGGACUGAAGCUCAGCAGUACUGCAGAGAGAAACACACUGACCUGGCCACAGUGUCUAACAUGGCAGACAUGAAGAGACUCCUCAGUACCAGAGCAGGAGAUAAGAGGGACGUUUGGAUUGGUCUGUCUAAUCAGACAGAUGUUAACAGAACAUGGUACUGGUCUCUGCCUGGAGUGGAGUUCAAUGAAAGUGAGACAAACUGGAAACCAGGAGAACCAAGUGAUAAAGGAAAUGGAAAUGAGAACUGUGGAUAUUUAAAUAAUGACCUUAGAUGGAGAGAUACUGGUUGCCAACAUAAAUACCAUUUCCUCUGUUAUGAUGAAACUAAUAGAACCCAGAAAUACCACUUGAUUAGAGAGAAGAAGACCUGGCAGGAAGCUCAGAGUUACUGCAGAGAGAAACACACAGACCUGAUCAGUGGAAUGAAGCAGCUACAGGAUGGAGAACUGAAGGAAGUGAUGAAAUCUGUGGUAGCUGGGACACACAUAUACUUUGGUCUGUUCAGAGACACCUGGAGGUGGUCAGAUGGAAGCAGUUUCUCUUUCAGACACUGGGAGACAUUGCCAAACAAUGAGGGAACCAACACUGGUCGAUGUGCCAUGGCUGUGUUUGAUGAUGAAGGCAGAUGGAAGACUGACAGCUGUGAUCAGAAAAAACCCUUCAUCUGUUAUAAUGAUAAAGUGAUCCUGAUCAAAGAAAAUAAAACCUGGGAGGAUGCCUUAUACUACUGCAGAGAUCACUACCAUGACCUGGUCACCAUCACCAGCCUGGAUGAGCAGAGAUGGAUCCAGGAGAAAGCCAAGAAGGCCUCGACUGAUUAUGUCUGGAUGGGACUGCGCUACAACUGCUUGAUGAAGGCCUGGUUCUGGGUCUGUAAGGGGAACUGGGGCAGCAACCCGAGCCCGGCCUCAGAAAGAUGGAAGAAUGACUGUGACAUGUCUGGAGCCAUGGAUGCAGGAGGACAACAUAAGUGGUUCCAGAGAAAUCCCUCAGAGGAACUGAAUUUCCUUUGUUCUAAGAUUUAAAGCUCAAUCUGCCCUCUGGUGUCAUCAUUUUUAAUUUUCCCUAAAAUUAGUUUGUGUGAUGAUAAUGAUCAUAUAUUUUCUUAGUCCAAAUGUUGGGGUAAAACAAUUACAUGUAUUAAAACGAAAUUGUUCUCAUUUCAUGUGGUGUUGAAUAAAGAUACAUAUUUGAUGUUUGACUUUUUAGGUUGUUUACUUUUGAAUAAAUUGAUUGCAUCUAGAA